AGGUACGCAACUGAUAUGUUGGCAUUGGCGCGCGAAAGCAAAUAUGAUGACACUAUCGGAAGGGACGAGGAGAUUCGUCGUUCUAUCCAGAUCCUGUGCCGUCGGUUAGCAUCCACAAUUGUUCAUCUGAUCUGUGAACCAGGAGUCGGAAAGACAGCGGUCGCUGAGGGUCUCGCCCAUAGAAUGGCUGCAAAUCAGGUCCCACAAAAUCUGAAGGGCACACUCUACAACCUAGACUUGGGCGCGCUUUUUGCGGGAGCAGGAAAGGGUGAAUAUGAGGAGAUGGUAUGCUUCGCUCUGAUACGCGUUUUAUCUUCGUUUAUAUUUGUUUUCAAAGACGUGAAACGCAGUCAAGAAAGCCAGUCCCCAGCUAUUUUAUUUAUCGACGAGCUCCACCUUAUAUCUGUUGGAAAGGGACAGGGCGGCCAAGCUGGGAUGGAUGCAGCAAACCUACUGAAGCCUGAGCUUGCGCGUGGUCAAUUCCGGUGUAUAGGUGCCACGACGCUAGCAGAGUAUCGGGAGCAUAUCGAGAAAGAUGGCGCGCUUACACGCCGGUUUGCUCAGGUUAUUGUUGAUGAGCCAACAAUAGAUCAAGCCAAAACUAUUCUACGUGGCUCUCGGGAGCGGUACGAGAAUCACCACCGUGUUUGGAUCAUGGAUCAAGCAAUAGUUACUUCAGUCGAACUCGCUCACAGGUAUCUCACUGCAAGAAGAUUACCUGACUCGGCAUUUGACCUCAUGGACGAAGCCUGUGCUUCUGCAAGAGUACAGCAAGAUUUAAAGCCAGAGACCAUAGAGGAACUUGAACAAGGCGUGGUCCAGCAGGAACAUUACAUUCGGUCCCUCGAGCGCGAUAAUUAUCCUGGUGACGACAAUGCACUGAACGAGGCCAAACAAGCUAUGCAGCAACUCAAAGCGAAGUUGAGAUUUCUAGAACGUGAACAGAGUGCAGUAACAGAAUGGUGGAAAUUGAUCGCGAGCUAUCGUGACGGCAUUCAAAAGAAGAGGUUGGAGUUGAACACAGCGAGAAGCCUUGUUCGAACGGAGCAGAAAGGUCCGGUCCAAAAAGGUUCGGGAGACCAAAGAGAUUCCGAAUUUAUGGACCAUCAAUUUGUGUCCCUCUUGGCCAAAAACCGACGCACUGUCUCAUCUCCAGACAUCAUCACACCAGAAAGCAUAGCUGUUAUUGUGGAAAAGGCAACGAAAAUCCCAGUGCGACAGUUACUGGACACGGAUAAAGAGCGUCUCCUGCAUCUUCAAAGUACCCUGGAGAAAAAGGUCAUCGGGCAACCGGAAGCUAUCGAUGCCGUAGUGAACGCUAUCCAGCUAUCUCGCACUGGACUGGGCAACGCCAACCGACCAAAUGCCUGCCUGCUCUUUACCGGACCAUCUGGUACUGGGAAGACAUUACUGUCGAAGGCUCUCGCAGAGGAACUGUUUGGACAGUCUACGGCAAUGAUCCGCAUCGAUGGCAGCGAAUAUUCUCAAAGUCACUCUGUUUCGCGACUGAUUGGUGCCCCUCCAGGAUAUGUGGGUUAUGAUCAAGGCGGACAGCUUACAGAGUAUGUUCGACGGACGCCGUAUUGCAUUAUCUUACUAGAUGAGAUCGAGAAAACUUGCGCGGAGUUCUUGACAUUGUUUUUGCAAGUCAUGGACGAUGGACGCUUGACGGAUGGACAGGGACGGCUGGUGGAUUUCCGUAAUACAGCAAUUAUCAUGACAUCCAACGUUGGUGCAGACAUUUUGAGCAAGGAAAGUGGGAAGAUAUCCGAUCACAUCAGGCAAGCUGUCAUGCAACGUUUUAAAGAGGCCAGAUUUUCUCCCGAAUUCCUCAACCGAGUCGAUGAAGUCGUUAUGUUUAGGACCAUGUCGGCUGAUAUGAUGAACAAAGUUUUGGAUAAGCAUUUGGGAGACUUGCGACAGCGGGAUGGCCUGAAGAAAAUGACGCUAGACCUCGAUCGUGCUGCAAAGAAAUGGCUCAUUGAUCGGGGUAUUUCAAGGGAAUACGGUGCCCGUCUGCUCACGAGAGUCAUCCAGGGAGAAUUGCUUAACCCACUUGCACGUGCCAUCCUGCAGAAAAGUGUACGUAAUGACGAAAUUGUGCUGGUUCGUGUCAAGGACGAUGGGCUUGGCUUGGACAUUCGCUCUAGCCAGAGAUCCUAGCCGGCGUAGUUUGCAUAUGUGCCUAGACCUACUUUUGCUUUAUGUUUAUGUAACCCAUGGAGCAGCGCCGUUGAUAAUCUAGAUAUCGCUACACUCCCAUGAACAAAUCGCUAGAGACUGAUGAGGGACAAUGCAAUACUCGUU